AUGAAAAUAGAAGAAAAUAUAGAUAAAGAAGAACUGGAAGAUUUUCGAAAUUAUCCAGACUAUAUGGUAAUUGAAAAUAAAGAAGAAAUCGAAAAAACUGAAAAAGAAUUAUAAUCUGAGUUAUAAAAUUCAUAAAAAAAAUAAUAUGAAGAAGAAAAAUAAAAAAGUGAAAAUUCAAGCCAAACAGAUAGUGAAGAGGACGAAUAUCUUGAAAUUAAAUUAGAAUCAACAGAAGAAAAUCCAUAAAUAUUAUAAGCUCCUAAACAUUUAUAUGAUUGCUUAUUAGGAUUAAGAUCCGAAAAUAGAAAAAGAUUCGAACUAUCAAUAAAACAUUUAAAUUAUUUAAUUAGGAAAAGUGUAGAUGAUUUAUUUGUUAUGUGGGAAGAACUAACUAAUUAACUUUUAAGAAUACAUGAAAUUGAUAAUUGGAUUCCUAAUUUCGAUUUCUAUAGAAAAAGAGCUUUGAUAAGUUUAUGUAUAUUUAAGCCUGAAUAUGUUUCAAAGAUUAUUAUAGAUAGAUUUUUUAGUGAUGAAUGUUAUAUUGGAGAUAAACAUUUUACUAUUUAAAUAUUAAUGGAAACGACUGACGAAUUAGCAAAUAAUCCUAAUAAAUACAUGACUGAAAAAUUUAAUGAAUUUACACAAAACGAAGACUCGAAUUUUUACUUUGAAAAAAUAUCAACUACUUAUU